AUGAGGUUACCGCCAGUCACGGUCAUUUUGUCAUGGCCAGCACCAAAUUAUGUUGACCCAGAAGAACGGGGGCCAGCCCUUAUGAUUAUCGAAAUUAUCUCGCUGAGCAUCGCUCUAAGCUGCUUAGGGCUGCGAUUAUAUGUUAGGUUCGGUGUCAUACAUAAGAGUUGGUGGGACGACUGGCUUAUGAUUGGGGCUGCUAUUUUCUGCACAUCCGUCACAAUAUGUGUUAUUCUCGCAACACAACUGUAUGGAUGGAAUCUACACGUCUGGGACUUGACUCCUCUCCAGCGAAAGCAGGGCCGCGAGGUUUCCAUUGCAGGCCAGACCCUGUUUCUUUUCGCUUCAGGCCUCUCAAAGCUCUCGAUCCUUUCAAGUUACUUGAGGAUAGCUCCGCUGGGGUCUUGGUUUCGACGGCUCACCUGGGCGACAAUUGUUGUUGUUUUUUCUCUCAUGUGGAUUUUUCUUAUCGUGCUAUGGACACAAUGCAUACCUAUUUGGCACUACUGGGAGCUGUUAGCCAAGGACCGCAACUGCAUGAGCGAAUGGCCCCCAUUGGCAGGACAAACACUUACCACUGUGGUAACUGAUUUCAUCGUCUACAUCUUGCCUAUGCCGACGUUCUACAGGCUUCGACUGCCUACUUUGCAGCGGAUUGUUCUGAUUAUCCUCUUCAGUCUUGGCACCGUCGUUGUGAUUGCAGGGAUCAUGAGAAUGUACUGGGUAACGUCCCACACCCACUUCUGGGCACCCCCCACAUUUGGGCACCCCAUUUACACCAAAAACGCCGUUUUUCGAAAUUCUAUAUUAAACUAA